AUGGGACCGAUCGAAGAAGAGUACUAUGCAAGUGUAGACAGGUACUUCUAUCGGUUGAACUAUGAUAUCUUGUCUGAAAGUUUUACCAAAGCUUCUGAAAUGGUAAUACAAAACCCAAGGACUCCUCUUGAGAACUACGAUUGCCAUGCUAGGGAUGCAGCCGAUAAGAUGAAGAAGGAUCAAUCUUUGAAAGUAUUGGACUUGAAUAGAGACAAUGGAUCUGCUACUGGAUUUAUCUAUCAAGGUAUAGAAUACCACCUCAAAGACUUUGUAUACUUCGUAUCCGAAACCACUUCAAAGAAGAAAAAGCCUUAUCAUAUUGGUCAGAUUUCACAAAUCCUAGUCAAUAACCUUGAGGAUUCCGAUUCCAUGUCUGAAACAGACGAGCGCGAAAAUGAUGAACUGGAUGUCAGUUUGUUGGUGAAUGUAUAUAAGCGAUAUGAUGACCAUUUUCAAGCUGCAAGAUCUGAGGAUGUUGGAAAUAUAAUUGAACUUACAACUUCCUAUGAGAGACGAGUGUUUCUCAGAAAAUCAAAAACCUUAAGACCGGAAAGGGUUGAUGGCCAUUGCUAUGUUAGGCACAUUGACGAUAUUGAAGACUUUAACUCCUACAAAGACUUAGACGACACAUUUUGGGUCCAGGAUCAGAUUGCUCACGAUUUGAAAAAAGAUUUGAUUUCCGUUGAAGAUUUGGAACCAAUGCCUGGAAAACAUCCGAGGUACUCUAAGGAGAGCAAGAAGAGGUUGAAACGAGAGGAAGAGAAAGCGGUAUCCCAAAAGAAUGGGACGAAGUUAACAACUCUUGAUAUCUUCAGCGGAGCGGGUGGAUUAAGCCAGGGCUUCCAUGAAAGUGGAGUAGUAGGGACUAAAUACGUCAUCGAGCUCGACACCGCUGCGGCUAAGACGCUCAAGCGAAACUUUCCAGACGCUAUCGUGUAUAAUCAUGAUGCAAACAAGUUUCUAGAAUGGGUAGUAAAUGACGAAGCCGAUCUAAAUGCAGGCAUUGUAUACGAUAUGGAAAAUAAUGCCCUUUUGAAAAUGCCUUCAAGAGGAGAUAUCGAGAUGAUUAUUGUAGGGCCCCCUUGUCAAGGAUGGAGUGCGUUGAAUCGAAAAAAGGGGGAGCGGUGCUUUAAAAGAGAGUUGAUUGCGACCUAUCUCUCCUUGACGGUGUUGACGUUCCCGGUCAUUCUCAAGGCAGUCUGCGUAAUGGCGCAGUAA